UGAUGAUUCAUGCUUGUGCUUUGCCUGGUUCUGUGACCUGGAUGGUUGCAUAUUAUUAUUACCUUACCUGCAUCGUAAAAGAUACCGUCACGUUGGACAAGCUUUGACAAAGGUUGUUGCAGGGAGGAGGGAGAAAAAGAAAAAAAAAAGAAAAAAAAAAAAGAAAAAGAAAAACACCUCCCGACGACGACGACGAGAACUAAAUAAUAAUAAUAAUAGAUCAUAAUAGAUCAUAAAUCCUGAUCCUUCUCCCGCCCGCCAGCGUCUCCUUCCCAGUUGCUAGUAAUAGUCAGCUACUAAUAACUAACUAAGUUAUUGACAUUUUUAUUAUUUUCUAUUUUGUAUCUUUCCCACCUAACUAAAUAACUUCCUACUUAUUAUUCCCUUUCCACUCCACCAAACUUCUUCUACUCCUACUGACUCCUACUGCUGCUUCGUCGAACAUCUCCCUGCCCUCUUUCUUCCCUCCAAAAUUCCAUGAUUAACCAUCCCAUUACUUCCCCCCCCAUCUCCCGUGGCUGUGGUUGCGUGAGAGUCGUGUGCUCUCGUCGGCACCCCGUUAUCCGCCCUCCAUAAUGAAGCGCUCAUCCCCAGCUUUCCCUACCCGACACGCCUCCUUCCCCACUGCCAGUGGUCACCGAAUCAUGCUGCCGUCUGCCCGCCGUAGCAUGAGGUUAUUGAUGAUGGCCGUGCUUGGGGUGGUGUUUUUAAUAUGUUACUUGAGUGCCAACGCAACUCGAAUCCAGAAUGAAGAAUUCUACCAACAAACCGUCGAGGCGAUAGAUGCCAGAGCCUCGCGGAGACUCGGCCAGAUGAGCGGCGGCGGCGACGACGACGAGAACCUCUUCCAGAAGCUGCGGACGACCAAAUUGGCGCCGGAGGAUAGGCAGGCGAUCGCGGUUGAGCGGCAGAGAUAUGAGAGCCCGCUAAAGAUGACGCCUCCUGGUAGUGGUGGUGAUGGUGGUGAUGGUGGUGAUGGUGGUAGUGGUGUUGGAUCAAAUGAGAAGUCUAUCGCGGGGAGGAAGAAGAUGCCUGCCGUCUCGCAGCCUGCAUCAUCGGAGAGUAAUCAUGAGGAGAAUCUGGAGGUGGAGGCGGAACUUAAUGCUAUUCUUAAGAGGUCGCCUGUCAUAAUAUUCUCCAAAUCCUACUGCCCCUACAGCCACAAAGCUAAAUCCAUCCUCCAAUCCAAAUACACCAUCACCCCCGGCCCCUUCGUCGUCGAGCUCGAUAUGCACCCUCUCGGCCCGCAGCUGCAGGAGGUCCUUGGGCGCAACACCGGCCGCAGAACCGUGCCAAACGUCCUCGUCAAUGGCAUGACCAUCGGCGGCGGAGAUGAUAUCGAGGACCUCGAUGUUACGGGCCAGUUGGCGGCGAAGAUAAAGACUCUGGGCGGGAAGAGGGUUAUGGAGAUGCGGGUGAGGGAUCAGGGGACGUCGCUUUGAUUUUGGAUGAAUUCUCUCUCUCUUUCCUUCCUUCCUUCCUUCCUUCCUUCCUUCCUUCUUUCUUUCUUUCUUUUCUCUUUUCUUUCGGUCUUCCCUUUUAACGGAUGGACAGAAGGUAGAACAUGGUUUCUCCCUCCCUUAGUUUCAUUUCUCCCCCUUCCAGCCCUAAAUCCCGCCCCCUCCAAAGGCCCCAACCCCAACACUAGGAGCCUCCACGCAAUGAUUGGCAUGCCAUGAGUCUAUAAUAUGCGACACACCACGAUACGAGGGAUAAGAACGAGAUUCGCAUGAAAGAGGAAUUUCAGAUAUAUUUGCUUUUAUCUGUUGUUUUUUAUGUUGUUUUUUUUUCUUUUUUGGUUUUAUAUCCGCAGUCUAGUUUUAUCCGCGUUACGGUUUCACGGCGUUCUGGGAAAUUUUCUUCCUCUUCUUCUCCUCCUCCUCCUCGCUCUCCUUCUAAAACGAAGAAAAUAGAGGGCAGCGAGAUUCAUGACAUAAACUUGAGCUUAGUGGACAGUUCGGUAUGGCCUGGUUCUGGUUCUUGUUCUGAUUUAAAGAGCUUUAUAUUGUUACUGCAUGCAUUUUUAUUGCAGCUAUCGUAUAAUGUAUAUGGGUACCUAUGUGUACUCGAUUAGAUAUAUAUCAGUAUUAUUGGGUUUAUGAUUGUUUUGAAAAGGGAGAAGGUUCUCUGAGACGGUGGAGAGUAGUGUCCAGACGAGAAAAACUGGACUCUACGCUGUGCCGAGAGAUGUAUAUAGAGAUGCCAAUUUGAAGGUAGGUACGCGAUUGAUUGAUCUGUCUAGGAACAACUACAUUGGGGCAUAUUCUCUAAUUUCUCGAGACUCUCCAAAAGCAUAUGGCACCUCAGUCCCUUUAUAACUGGAUGAUGACGAUGAUGAUUCUGGUAUCUCAGGGCUUGUUCACAAUGGAUUGAUCCAACCCAACCCUAGCCACCACCCACGCUAAACCCAAAACGCAACCUAAGCGACACACCCGAGGACCAACCCGCACAACGCUGACAUAAUCAACCCUCCUCCGAACCCAACUUCCC